UUAUCAGCAGGCUGAGACAGAAAGACUGGGUGAAAAGCUUUGACAACGGCGCGUGAAGGAUAACACACACUUUGAGUUCCACGUCUGUUUUAGCACAAAAGUGUUUUUUUAGGUGUUUAAAUGGAAAAUGAGGAGGGACGUACCUGAUAUCACCUGUCUCUGGACAGUGGCUGGAGAAGGACAGGAGUAAAUGGCGCUGAGCUCCGGGCUCUGAGACAACUGGAGCACCGUGAUGGCUAGCAGAGAGGGUGGUCAUGUUGAUCGACCCCUGCUUCCAUCUAUAAGGCCAUCUACUGCUCCAAAACUAAAUGUGCAGCGCUCGCUUUCCCGAGAGACCAUUACCAUCCAUUUCUCUGCAAUGGGCAAUGAAGAGGAUCAGGAGGAAGAAGGCAUAUACGGACCAUUAUACCUGCCGGCUGACGAAGUGACGAACAGUCAAGGAGUAGUAACUGCUUUGGAAGCAAGUGAAGACCUUGUACUUGAAGGAGACACAGAGAUGAAGUCUAUCAGUAAUGAUGAUGCUGAGCUUUUUUCAGUCAUGCCAGGCCAACAGAACGCUAAUAAAGAAGAACACAGUUUUACAUGCACUGCUUCUGCUGAGCCUACAAAGGGGACAGGAUCCUCAUCACCCUCCGCGAACUCACCUUCCAAAUCAGUGUCACUUCCCUCAAUGGAUAAGGCCUUUCUCAACCUGAUGAAGUCUUUGUCUACAGAUUUUGAGCCCCGGGAAGGAGUCCCCGCUCCUCCUUCUUUGCGCCAUCGGCAGUUGAUGAAGAAUCUGGUCAAAUCUUUAUCUACAGACACAGCCCAGGAGUCUACUGGAUCAAACCGCUCCUCGGACUCCCGCCUCAACCUGCACCUCUUCAAACAGUUUACUCAACCCCGAACGACAACAAGUACAGGAGACUCCAAAACUGCUCCAACAUCUCCCUUAACCUCACCUGACAACCGUACCUUCUCCUUCAAGGUGUCAGAGGUGGAGGCCCGCAUUGAAGACACGAAACGACGUUUUUCAGAAGCCAUUUCAGAUCCUUUGCACUUGAUUAGCAAGUUUAUUGGAGAUGAGACUUCCAGUAUUUACAGACCUAAACCUCUUUCAUCCAGUGCCACAGAAUUGACAAGUUUUUCCGCUCUAAAUGGCCAUCUUGAAAGCAACAAUAAUUACAGUAUCAAGGAAGAAGAAGGUGACCUGGAUGGUGAUGGUGUUACUCCAGAGGCAACUGAGCUGGCCUCAGCUGCUGAAAGCAAGACUGCCAAACCUUGUUCAUCCUCUAUGGGAUUGGACAAGUGCUCCAUGUCUGCACUAGCCAAACAGGACGACGAAGAGUUCUGUGAACUGUACAGUGAGGACUUUGAGUUGUCUGUUGAUACAGAGGUGCAAGUUGAUGAAACUGAGUGCAGGAGCACCGGAAGCAAUGUUUCCAAGCCUGUCAGUAAGAGCACAAACACUUUUAGUGAAGAUGAAAUGGAUUUGGUAUCGGCAUCUAGUAUUCCACAUAAGACUUUGUUAGCUCUGACCAUCAUUACCUAUGGAUACUUUAUUCUACCUUUGCCCCCUUACUUUGGAGGAAUGUUGCUGGGUGUAGCACUAGGGUUUAUGCUAGCCAUUGGUGUAGUGUGGCUAACAGGCCCAAAGCUACCAGGAAUCAGAAGAGCGCAGAGGGAUCUUUGGAAUGUGGCACAGCUGGAUAUCAAAGAGCCAGGCAUAUUCAAGGGCUGGAUGAACGAGAUUCAGAACUACAACCCAGAAACCUACCAUGCUACUCUGACCCACUCUGUGUUUGUGCGCUUGGAAGGCUCCACUUUGCGAAUUUCCAAACCUAACAAGAACAUCACCCGGCGAGCUAGUUACAACGAGCCCAAGCCAGACGUCACGUACAUCAGCCAGAAAAUCUAUGAUCUUACAGAUGGCAAGGUGUCCCUGGUGCCCCAGAGUCUGGCCAGAAAGCGGGUGUGGAACAAGAAGUACCCGAUAUGCAUUCAGAUUGCCAAGCAGGACGACUUCAUGUCUAAAGCAGAAGCAGCCAGCGAAGAGAAGGACAAUCAGGAUAUUGCCGGUUCACAGGAUGGAGGAAGGGUGGGUUCAGACCGUGAACUGCCCACCAUUUACUUGUUUGGAAGAACAGGAAGGGAAAAAGAGGAGUGGUUCCGGAGAAUACUUCUAGCAUCGAAACUCAAAUCUGAAUCAGCUAAGAAGCCAGUGAGCUUGCCAACUAGUAAGAGUGUUCCAGCGUUGUCUCAUAGCCGCAGCAGUAGUAGAGGGAGUCUGGAUGAGCUCCUGUCAUCUCAGGCAGCUAAGAAAGAGUUGAGUGCCAGACAGAGGCCUCUGUUGGACUACAGUAUUUACAUGGCCAGCUAUGUCGGCACUUCUAAAGAGACCAGUACCAACACCAGUCCUGGAGAAAGCCCACACAGCAGCCCUGGGGUGGGCAAAAAGUUGCCAAGCAGCCCAGUAAAAGAAAAAGAGGAGGUUUCUGUGAGCUGGCUGAAUGCUCUGAUUGGCCGGAUCGCGUGGGACUUCUUCAGGGAGCAGCACUGGUCUGAAUGGGUGUCCAAGAAGAUCCAGAUGAAGCUCAGUAAAAUAAGGUUGCCUUACUUCAUGAACGAGCUGACGCUGACCGAGCUUGACAUGGGCGCUUGCACUCCCAGAAUCCUUUGGGCCUCUCAACCCUCAGUGGAUCAUCAAGGUCUCUGGUUUGAUGUGGAAAUCUCCUACAAAGGUUCAUUCCUCAUGACUCUGGAGACAAAGAUGAAUCUGUCACGACUGGGGAAGGAGGGCGAGGCUGUUGGCGAGUUUGGAAAAGACGGGCACAGGCCACGUACAUACUGCCUGGCUGAUAGUGAUGAGGAGUCUUCCAGCGCCGGGUCUUCUGAAGAGGACGAUGGGACGGAGAACGUCGCUGAUAAAAACUUGCAGCCGGGCGCAGAGGGAUACGCUGGAGUCCACAGGCCAAGCAAGAUCAUGAGGUUCGUGGACAAGAUAACCAAAAACAAAUACUUCCAGAAGGCCACAGAGACCGAGUUCAUUAAGAAGAAGAUAGAGGAAGUGUCAAACACACCACUCCUGCUCACUGUGGAGCUUCAGGAGUGUAAGGGAACACUGGCUGUCAACAUCCCUCCUCCCCCCACCGACAGGAUAUGGUAUGGCUUCCGCAGCCCUCCUCUUCUGGAGCUAAAGGCUCGUCCCAAACUCGGAGAGAGAGAAGUGACGUUCGCACACGUUACUGACUGGAUAGAAAAGAAACUGGAGCAGGAGUUUCGGAAAAUCCUCGUGAUGCCAAACAUGGACGACGUGUGGCUUACCGUCAUGCAUUCUGCCAUGGACCCUCGGUCAGACGUGAUGGCAACAGAGCGCAAGGGAGCCACGACUGUCCCCGAGGCUGAUCUCCUAUCCUCUGAGGAGGCGUGAAGGACCAAUACUAGUUCCAGUAUUGGCCAAAUGAGAGCUGAUAUCAUGGCUACUCGUCACUGAGAAGCAUAGAAAUACAACGCUGCUUUAGUUACUUUGUCAACAAGAAGGUUCAUUCCUGUGGAAGAAAUAUGCGAGGACAAACACAGAGAGUAUGUUUGAAGACGGAGAACAAGAGUAAAAAGUAAUGUAUAUGCAAGAAGGACAACAACAUGCAAUGAAAAUCUAUGAAGGAAGCAAAUAUGUAACCAGGUAAAGAUCUGUGCAUAUCUGUAUUUGAGUGCAUAAAGCGUUUGAACGUUAACCUCUGAUUUUUAUAAUGAAGUGCGGCAAAGCAAAACGUGUUCAACUUCUAACUGCACUACGAUUUAGUACAUACUAAACAUCUAUGAGCCCGAUGACGCCUGAGAUAGGCACAGGCUCCCCGUGACCCAAGGUAGUUCAGAUAAAGCGGUAAAAAAAUGAGUGAGAGAGUAAACCUCUAUGAAGCAUUGUUUUUUUUGUUUUCUCCCUGUGUGUCAUCUGCACAUUUUGUUAUGCACUAACACACCUGAUUUCUGCUACUGUAAUUAUCACACUGAACAUGUGAGUAACACAAAGUCAUGGUGCAGAAGAACUCGAAGACUCCUCUCUGUAUCUGACGAUAACCCUAAGCUGUGUGAUUUCUUCUAAAUGAUUCGAUCUUCGGUAUCAUUUCAGCCUGGAUCAGCUUUGAAGAACACUGUGCCUGAGUAAUCUUCUGAUAGCCUCACUUCAUUGAGGACAGUGUAAUGUUUUGUGUGUGAGUUUAUAAGAGAGAAUGUAAAUGUCUAUGGCUAUAUUUAAGGCGUAUGACCUGAUCGCCUGGAUUUAAUAUAAUACUAGCAUCAAAUGCAUACAUUUAAACAAACAGUUUAACAAUAAGCCCAAGUGUCUCAUCUUCUGAGCACAUAAUGAUCCACAAUAUCACAGUAUAUCGUAUAAUGCCAUAUCAGUACAUGUGGCCUGGGACUGCACUGUGUUUAAGUGUGUGUUUGUGGUCUGGACUGGUUUACACUACUUGCUCCAUUCGAUAUACACCACGCCUUAACUUUCCUCUACAUCGCCGUCACAAAACAUGCUUUUCCACACACAAGAUUUCUGUUAUUAACCAAAUACUGUGAUGUAACACAACACUAAUGAAAUCUUUCCAUACAGACACAUUAACACACAUUAACUCCAUAACAAACACUAAUAGAGACAGCUUAAUCAUUACAUCCAUACCUGGAAAAUGUCAUGCAAUUUAAAGGUGCAGUAUGUAAAAGUGGUUUUGGACCAAAUGAUCCUCUUGUAGUAGGAAAACCUCUUCAUCCUAUAUUGUGCUAUAUUGUACUCUACUUUUUUCACAAAUGAAGUUACAUCAUUUAAAAUUCUAGUCAGAAAAUGUGCAAUCUGUCCCUUUAAAUUUCCCUAUUUGAUCACUAACUAUAUAUAAUGCAUAAUAUUGUGUGAUUCCAGAGAUAUAUAAUGAAAUUAAAAAGAUCUGUUGAUUUAAAAUUAGACCAUUUCCCAGCUACAGUUUAUCUGGUACUUCGGCUCAAAAUUCUGUACAAGCUUAGGCGUUGGUUUUAGUUAUUAUGGUGCAGGAAGGGACACAUGUACAACUGACAACAAACACACAAGCAAAGCUCACACAAUCAUUCUGUAUCAUUGUUACCCUCUGAAUUAAGAAGAGUGUGUGUGUGUGUGUGCAGGGGUGUACGAAGGGGUGUUGAGAUAUGUGCGAUAUAUAGACAGUAUGCAGAAAGUCUAUGAGUAAUGAAUGUAUGAUUUUUGUAUUGUAUUGCGUGUGUGUGUGUGUGUGUAUAUAUAGGUCUAGUGUAUACAGUUCAUGCUACUAUAAUAGAGGUUAUUAUUUGAUACAAAUUAAGAAAAUAUGAAGAUCUUUUUAAAAAAAAAUAAUAAGACACUAAUAUAUAUAUAUAUA